GUCGCUCUACCAAACUGCAAGCUCAGCAACGUUUAGAUUAAGCUCUAGCCUUUGUCCCUUGGCUUUGACCAAACCCUCAUUGACGCGGCUCGUUUCGAGGCAACGAACACAACUUUGCUCAGCCUUCCACACUAACGUUCAGGAUGGCGUGUUGCUGCUGCUGCGUCUGCCCAGAACAAGAGACUGUGGCAGUUGUCGAGAGGUGCGGUAAAUUCAGCCACAUUGCGAACCCGGGCUUUAAUUGCAUCGACUGCUGCUGCGGAGCCACUGUGGCUGGAAAGCUGAGCCUUCGCGUGCAGCAGCUGGACGUCAGGUGCGAGACGAAGACCAAGGACAACGUGUUUGUGACGCUGGUGAUCAGCGUGCAGUACCAGGUCCGCCGCGAUGCGCUGUACGACGCAUACUACAAGCUCACCGACUCCAAGCAGCAGAUCUCCUCCUAUGUGUUUGACGAGGUCCGUGCCGCAGUGCCCAAACUCAUCCUGGACGACGCGUACGAGAUGAAGGAGGAGAUCGCCAAGAGCAUCAAGGACGCGCUCGCGAAGAGCAUGUCGGAGUACGGAUACAUGAUCCUGCACGUGCUGGUGACCGACAUUGAGCCGGCAACACGGGUGAAGGACGCGAUGAAUGAGAUCAACGCGGCGCGGCGGCUGCGAGUGGCGGCAGCGGAGCGGGCGGAGGCGGAGAAGCUGGCGGUGGUGAAGGCUGCGGAGGCGGAUGCGGAGGCCAAGUACCUGCAGGGACAGGGAGUGGCGAGGCAGCGACAGGCCAUCAUUAACGGACUGCGUGACUCGGUGUCGGACUUCCAGACGGGUGUGGGCACCGACAUUGGGUCCAAGGAGGUGCUCUCCCUGAUGUUGGUCACACAGUACUUUGACACGCUGCGGGACCUGGGCGCCCACUCCCGCGCCUCCACCGUCUUCCUGAACCACUCGCCCAACGGUAUUAACGACAUCGCGGCGCAGAUCAGGAGCAGCUUCAUGGAGGCUGAGGCGGCGGGGCUGGGCAAGCAGUAGUAGCUGCAGCCGUUGCGAUGAGGAGGGAGGAGGAGGAGGAGGAGAGUCCCUGGCGAAUGCAGCUGGGGAUUGGACUGGACUUUGCAAGCAGCAGUAGCGGUAUUGCUGCUGCGCAAAUAGAUGGACGUCUGAUGGUGAUCGUACGUGAUUGAUAUGUUUAACGGAUUGUGGUAACAGUGUUUUCCGUGUUGUACACGUGGGCACAUGUAUCUCGUUUACUGCUGAAAGUGUCGGCCUCUCGAAAGCCGUUGGCCUGCCUCUACAAGGCACCAGCGGAUUGGUUAAUGAGAUUCGUACGACCAACUUGUAGUAUAGUCGCUUGUUUUGAAUUGCUACUUAUGCUAUGAAUCGUGGUACGGGUAAUCCUACUUGCUUUUAUGUGCUUUCCGCGUAAGGAGCCCCUAUUACGCCUUGCUUGUUUGGGGGCAUGUUGCUAAAAUCGACUUUGAAAUAUUGAAAAAUGAGAGGAGCUGAUGGCUAUGUUUUGAAGGUUUUAAGGAGCCUAAGUGAC